AUGGACAACACCUAUGCCGUCUCAGCUGAAAAUGUGGAUGGAUCAAAUGUUGAACAAGAUGAGUUAUGUGAACUUGAAACUGAAGAGCCCGAAUUGGAGCUGAGUGGAUCCGAGCGGGCUCGAAUACGAUCUUCAAAUGGUAUGGUUGAUAUUCUCGAGAAUAAAUUAGCUGUGGGUACAAUUCUUAACAGUAUUGAAGAUGCUUAUUUGAUCUACUGUCAAUACGCACAUGCUAAAGGAUUUAGCGUUAGAAAGGACCAAACUCAUUUGCUAAGGUCGGCUCGAAAUAUUUCUCAUGCCAAACAAUCAACUGUAGAAGCAAUGGUGAAUGCCGGAAUAUCUGUUUCUAGUGUUGUUUCUUACAUGGAGAAUGAAGCACAUGGGUCAGAAAAUUUAAAAUUUAGUCAAAAGGAUGCAUGUGAUGAUCAUAUUGGGAGAUUAAUGAAGCAUACAAAAAUUGAAAAUGGGGAUGCUAAUGCAUUACUUCAACAUUUUAUAAGCAAGGCAAAUAAAGAAUCUUUCUUUUACUGGAAUGUGCAGUUGAAUGAUGAUGGCAGGUUGAUGAAUUUGUUCUUCAGGGAUAAUAGGUGUGCCGUGGACUACGAGUACUUUGGUGAUGUUCUUUCCAUUGAUACUACUUAUAGAACAAUUAAGUAUGAUUUGAUAUGUGCUCCGUUUUUUGGCAUAAAUCACCAUAGGAAUAAUGUGUUGUUUGGCUUAGCAUUUAUGUCGGAUGAAACUCAAAGCUCAUUUGAAUGGUUGUUCACGACAUUUCUUGAGUCAAUGAAUGGUAAACAACCUCAAAUAAUAAUCUCCGAUCAAUGUGAAGCCAUGAUGAAUGCAAUAGAAACUGUUUUCUCGAAUUCUCAUCAUCGUUUGUGUCGGUGGCAUAUAAAUCAAAAUGCACCUUCACACUUCAGGAAUUUAAAUGGUAAUUCAUCAUUCCAGGCGUUAUGGUGUAAGUGCAUGUCCCAUUGUGAAUCCGAGGAAGAGUUUGAGAAUACAUGGAAAUUUAUGAUAGAUUCAUAUAAUCUGCAUGAUCAUAAAUGGUUGAAUGACAUGUACAAGCUUAGGAGAAAAUGGGCUAUAGCUUUUAGUAACAAGUUGUUUAGUGCCGGACUCUUGGAUACAUCAAUUAGUGAGAAUGCACAUAAAGUCUUAAAACAUGCUGGUAGCAAGAAUAGCUCUUUGUACGAGUUCGUUAUGAAUUAUGAAAAAAUUCUAAACCAGUGGCGCAGAGAAGAGAAGGUUGAAGACACUCGUUGUCGUCAUGGCAAACUUUCUGAAAUUCUUAAAAAUCCCCCACUGCUUAAUCAUGCUGCUAAUAUGUACACCGUUGCCAUUUAUGGGUUGUUUGAGAUUGAACUUGUCAAUUCUUUGAAUUGCAAAUUUGAUGGCUAUCCUAUUGGUAAUGGUGGGGCAUCACCACAGCUUCGAGUUCAAGUAAAAUCCCACGGUGAUAGCUUGAGAAUAAGGCAUGUUUUGAUGAACACUCUAACUAAUGAGACAAGUUGCAGUUGUCACAAGUUUGAGACCAUGGGACCAUGGGGAUCUUGUGCAAACAUGUUUUAA